AUGUCCCACACUGAUAGUGUCUUCAGCCUUGCAGCUCGCACUCGUGGUGUCUACCCCAUUGACAGUGCUUGCAUUUUGCUACUGCAGUGCCUCGAUAAUCUCGUGUUUGCAUCACCCACUCCUGAUGCUCAUGCGUUGAUCUGGCAGGGCUGGGCCACUUCAUUUUCCACAUACGAGUUACGCAUGACCUGCGACUAUCCGGACCACGCCAAGAGUUUGCUGUGUGAGGUCAAUUCAGUGCACGACUGGCUCAUGCUGAAUGCGAGCCCCAACUUCGAUUGGAUUCCAGCCAUGGUUCCUUCCACCCUGAGAGGUUAUUUCGAGGCUGUUAGCACCGCUGACCCGAUUCGUUCAUCUGCUGCGAUGGCUGAGAUCAUGCGAGAGAUCAUCGAGGCUGCAGACUGUGGCAAUUUUGACAAGUUUCCUGAAGGUCGUGACCUUACUGAUGAUCGCUUUCUAAUGGCAUUCACGGCAAACGACGUUUUCGUGGAUUGGUGCGACUGUACAUUUCUUGGGCAGACCAUCCCGAUUGGCUGCUGGUGGAUAGACUAUGAUAGCCGACACAUUCCUUCUUCUUCCACCAUGUCUCAUGCUAUGGCGGAGAUUCUUCAGGAUGUGGUCAAGCAUGAAUCUGAAGUUGCUGCAGUGACUCUGCGAGUUCAGUCACGUUCGGCGUCCGUUGUGAGUACGGUGUCGUCUGCGGUCACCACCAAGUCUUCUGAGUCAAAUAUGCUGCACGAGUACUAUGCCACCAUCCACACCCUCCCAAAGCAUGUGAAGAUCAUGUUCUUGAGCUUCAGAAAGCCAUGGCCGCAUACCAAGUGCUCUAAGUGCUUGAUGGAUGAUGACUGCAUGAUUAUGCCUUCUGAGCAUGGUGCCAAAUCGCUUGUCGAUACUGAGCAGAUUCUUAGCGAGAUUCAUGGACUGGACGUUCCCAGUGCUCUGCUUGUCGAGAUCUAUACGCACGAGCGUGCGUGA